CUUUCACUUUCAUUUCUUGAACAAAGGUUUUGUGUUAAAAGUCUAACUGAUGCUGAUACAUUUUAACAGAAAUAAGAGGCUGAAAUGGAGUGGAAUAGGGAGGAAGAGCCAGGCAUGGUGACCUUUAUCAACAAAAUUCAUCAGUUGGAUUAUGGUACGGAUGAGAAGGUUUCGAUUUUAUACAAAAAGUGGACUGCAAUGCUUGCUGGAAACCAGAUUGACAUGGACAUUCGUGUUCAUAUGAAUGAGUGGUACCAAAGUUGCUAUAAAGCAAGGUUGCAAGUGUUAUCCCAGCAAGACAAAGUCAAUUUUUGUAACACGUUCAUGGACCAGCUGCACGCAUUCAUUGAUAAGCAGCAGGAAGUCUUCAAGAAAUAUAAUCUUCUGGACAUGGCAAAAAAUGUACAGACCCAGGUGAGGGAUGGAUCCUAUGUGGAUACAUCAAUUGCCUGCAUCGAAAAUGAGCACGCGCUGAUCGAGAGUACAUAUGAGAUGGAAACAACCACACUGUGUGAGUUACAAGAAGUCCCACAGUGUGACAAUCUAGAGACGGAUUUCAAAAGUCUGGACGACCUGAAAUCAAGUUUUGAUGUGACACUUGGAAAGCUUCAAGAAAGCAUUGACUCGUAUCAUUCGUUACAGGAAAAGAAAGAAACUUUGGAGACCAGACUCUGUGUGGAGCACUGCAGAAACGUGUGUACCUCAAAUAUUUCAGAUAUUGAAAAAGUGCUGAAAGGUGGCAAACAAACACAGAAAGUGAACUCACAAACACAGGAGAAUGUGAAGACACAGAUAAAGAACAUUCAACAAGAGCUUAUCAAGAAGGGCAAUGAAAUCACAACUCUCAAAAGUGAGUGUUCGAAGCAAGUCAGCGGCCUGUUUGAGCAGUUUGGAAAAUUCAAACAGGAGUUACUUGUCAGGGUGGACCAAUGGAAAGAUCAAAUGAAGCUGCAAUAUGCAGAGCUUUAUGCCAAACCGGACCUGGAGUCUGUCUCUAAAUGGUGUGCUCGUAUUGGCCAAUUUGUCCAUCAGAUUCUGAUUUACACCUGGCCCAGACUUGAGAAUGUUCUAGAUGAUACCAGAGCUGCACAGCAGCUGAACCAGUUGAGAGCCAGGCUCACCAAUGAUCUGAAAGACUUGCUGUGCAGAACGUUUGUGGUCAGUGAACAGCAACAUUACAUCUUGAAGUGUGACAAGAAGAAUUUACCGACUGUGUCAGUGAGGAUUCUUGCUGCGGACAACAGAGACCUCCACAACUACUUCCAGGGCAGCAUCACAGCGUACCUUGUGUACGACGGUGAUCUGAACACUUGCUGGAAUGCAGCAUCCAACACGCUUGACAUCCAAGCCAUGAAAAAGCAGGCCAAGAUGUUUGACAAAAACCAGCAGGCAUUUGCGAUGUCUAAAAACAGCGAAUAUCGAGAGGCGAGCUUUAAGACGCUUUCACUCAAGACGGCAACCAAGCAGAAGCAGUUUGAAAGAGCUUCUGGGAAACACGUUCAUGAGGAAAAGUAUAGGAUUGUGUUUUUGACGGAAAUGAACUUGCAAGGCAACUCCCACACAAUUUGGACGCUUUCCCUUCCUGUUGUCGUGACGACGGGCGCAAAUCAGGGCUUGCAGAGCCAGGCUUCAGUGAUGUGGGAAUGCUUUGGGACUGAUGUGUACAAGUUGCCUACUGGAGAUUGCAGUGCACUCCCUUGGCAUUUGGUUGCAGAAAUGCUGAAAUCUAAAAUGCGGACACUGUGUGAGCGGCGUGAUCUGUCUGAUGAGAACAUGCGUCACUUGAAGAGUCGACUACUUGGUGACGCUUUGAGAGCUGAUGACACAGAAGUGACCCUGAAGCAGUUCUGCUUUGACAAAAUGGAAAAGUCAGAUUCGGAAGCAGAUAAUCCCAGCUACCUGCAGUUCUCAUUCUGGAAAUGGUUCAUGGGCUGUUAUAAUCUCAUUGAUCGAUACCUGAAGGAUUACUGGAAGGAUGGGUUGAUUGAAGGGUUUCUCAGCAAAACGGAUGCCAGCAGAAAACUUGAACAACAACGACCAGUUCAAGAUGGCCUCUUUAUUCUCCGUUUUUCGGACACUAACAUAGUGGACAGUCAGGGACUGAAUAGCAUAUUUGGUCACCUAACAGCCUGUGUAAUGAUCCUCAGACAAAAUGCAUCUACAAAUCGAACCAUGAUGAAGAUACUGGACAGUCUAGAUGUGGCAAGUAGCAAAUCACUGGAUAAGAAACAAUUGGCCAACAUCUUGAAAGACACCAUGGACAAGAAUCAGAAGGGCAACAUGUACAAAGUGCUAUUCCCAAACAGAAAGUGGGAGGACACAUUUCAAAAACAUUUGCAGGAAGAAGAGAGUCAGGAAGGCAAGCAGAUAUCAGGAAACAUUUAUGUGAAGCCAGAGCAAUCUUGGACUAUUGACCUUGAUCAGAAGCUUUGUGAAAUUGAGAAGUCUGCUUCUAAGAGUGAGAGGAGAAACUCCCCUGAGUCUGACAUGGAUACUCAUGGUGGAAAGCGUAGGCGAAAGAGAACUGUCUCCGAUGAUCAGCUGUCGUGUCAGUCCUCACAAUCGUCAUGGCAACUGCCUCAGAGCCCUAGCCAGUGGUCGGUGUGUUCAGAUGCCUCGAGGGUGUCUGAUCACUCGCGCAUGAGUAUUCAGUCACCCAUGCAUGCUGACAAUGAUCUGGGAUCUCAGAGUCCUAUGGGGGUUCUGAACGGAAAGACUGUUGUGGAAUCAGUCAUCCCAAACAUGGACGAAUUUAAUACCACCAUGAUCCCCAGCGUCGUAGCUAGUAUGGCAGGAGAUGAUAUGAUGGUAGGCGAAAUUCAGAAAACACUCGAGUCAAUCAUGAGCCCAGUAAGUAGCAUUGCCGACAGCUUCCAGUCCUCCCAGAAUCCCAUGUUCUUGAUAGGUGGAACCAAUAAUACCACACAAAUGCAUUAUGGGCCAUCAAACCAGUUUGUUUCCGGGAACCAGACAAUGAUGCAGCAGUUACAAGGGGGGUUUGGGGCGUCGUGUUCACAGUUUACGCCAGAAGUUCAAGGUCAACAUAAUUUUGGGUUCACAGAAAGUUUACAGUCGGAGUAUCCCACGGACGGAAACAACAUCACGAUUUUUAUUGAACAGACUUCAGAACAAGCGACCUCUCAUGGCAUCCAACCGCAAGCAAAUGCUGACCUGAUGUUUGAAAUGCUUAAAAAGAUGCCUCUGGAAGAACAACACAAAUUUAUGAGUUUAUGGGCACAAACGCUGGCAAAAUCAAGACCAUCAACAAGUUCAACAAGACAGACGGACUCUGGAGGCUCUUAUACUUUGAGUUCUGGAGAAAUUCAAGAAGGCAUGGACAGUGGCAGCAUUGAUCCCAUGUUUCCAGACAUAUUAGCCGGCAGCUCAUCCGGUACAUCUAACUGACUCUUCAUUCAGCUUUUACUGGUGGCAGAUAGUUCUUUUGGUGUUUUCUAUUUCAUUGUUUGUGCGAUUGUAGAUUGUGCCAUACCCAUCACAUGUUACCAAGCAUUAUGCUUAAAUUUUAUAUAUAUAUGCAUUGUUCAUAAAAGGUAGGGUUUGUAGUGCAAUCUAAAUCUUCAUAGCUUGUGUUUUAAGAGAAUUGCCAUUAGUGGUGGUGACAUUUUAGUGUUAAAUGCUUGUUGUGCCGAUAUAUCUUUCACCCUACACAUAUUAUAAAAACCCAUUUUUUCUUUACAGGGCAUUAAUUUGAAGCUUUGUUGGCGUCCUUUUUUCUUCGUUGUUGUACAUAUCAAACUUAUUUCAGUAUAAAUCAGCUGGUAGUCUUUGUUUUAAUAUAAACGUUCAUGGCUGUAUUAAAAACUUUCAAUUACCUCUUUACUGAAAACUGUUAAUGACUGGACUUAUUAUCAUUUCACACAAAUGUUCCUAAGGUGACCUACAUAUGUUUUUCAAAUCUUUUUUGUACCCUAUAUACACUUAGUAAGGUGAUCAAACGAUGACCAUCUAGACCCCCUUGUAUUCUUUGAGCUAAUGUGAAAUAAAGUAUAACUUUGUAAUUGUCUGAUUUCAAUUGUAAUAUUUUAUUUCAUAUUUACUUGUUAUUUACUUAUUAUUUAACCAACUAAUAUAUGUACAUAGUUAUAUUAAUUUUGAGACCUACUAUAGUUUACCAACACUUGACAUUACUUUAUUUGUAAUUAUAUGCAUUAAAGACGAUAUACUUAUGUACAAGUCUUAAUACACUGUCUGUUAUGUUUUGCUCUUGCUCUGUGUGUUGCCAGGUAAAGGGAACUAUUUUGUUAUACAAAUUGUCUUAGAUUGCACACAGGUUCCAAUGGUGUAUUGAGAAUUAUCUCAUUUCUGUUUUAAAUAAUGUAGCAUUGUGUAAAUAAUGUAACUAUUUUUUGUAUUCAUCUAAGUUAUAAAUAAAAUAUAGUUUUAUUUCAUGUGUACACAAUAUGAUAUUGUUUUCUUUGAGUAUUAAUAUGAGCUAGUGCCAUUGGUAAUUUGUUUUUGUAUCGUUCAAAUCAUACAUACAUGUAUUAUAUUGUAAGUGCCCUUUUUAUUUUUACAGGUUUGAUUGUUUUCAAUGUGCAAAUAAAUAUUGUAAUGCUUUUAAUAAGAAGGUGACAACUUUAUGCUAAUAAACAUACUAUGAAUCAUUUUUUGUUUGUCACAUAAGGGUCUAUUAAAAUGUCACGCUCACAUUCUUCAUCUAGAGCAUUACAUAUCAAUGUGUCACAUGUACGACAAAGUUUAAAAGGAAUAGAUAUUUUAGAUUAAACAAGACUUGUUAACAUAUAUGCGUGUUUUUUAAUGUUAUUAAAUGAAUUUAUGUAAAAUACUAUCAUCUUUGGAUUUGUUUAAAUAAUUUUGAUAACACAGUAAACAUAGGACAAAUGUGCUGCCUUGGGGUUUGAACCAGGGACUUCUAUCAGAAAAAGUAAAUGUCCUGCCACUACACCAUGCAGGCUUUAAAUUGGUUUGGUAGUUUAAAAGAUGACGGUUAUGCAUGUUUUUCAUUAUUAUUGAUAUUAAUUUUUUUAUUGAUUACUAUCAAUAAACAAACAUAUCUUAA